AUGGCCAGUUCCCUGGAGCAGGCAAUAGCCACCAUCGUGGACACCUUCCAGAAAUAUUGUACACUUGGGGACAAGCACAAGCUGUGCCAGGCAGAGCUCAAGGAGCUGCUGCAGAAGGAGAUGCCCACCUGGACCCCAACUGAAUUUUGGGAGUGUGACUACAACAGGUUCAUGUGUAUCUUGGACACCAAUAAGGACUGCAAGGUGGACUUUGUGGAGUAUGUGUGCUCGUUGGCCUCUUGUCUCUACUGCCACGAGUACUUCAAGGACUGUCCCCCAGAGCCUCCAUGCUCCUAG